UUACCACUUUGCCAUCGUCUCUCCAAAAAAACGAUCUGUAUUCACCCAGAGCAGUGUGAGUUUGCGGCGUCUAGUUUCAUUCUCGAAGCGCGAAAAACCAGAGAAAAAAAUGGCGGUGAGAAUCAGAUUAGCGAGGUUCGGAUGCAGAAACAGGCCGUUUUAUCGAGUUAUGGCCGCCGAUAGCAGAUCUCCCAGAGACGGCAAGCACUUGGAAGUUUUGGGUUACUACAACCCAUUACCGGGUCAAGAUGGUGGUAAACGAAUGGGUCUUAAAUUUGACAGAGUGAAAUACUGGUUAUCAGUUGGUGCCCAGCCUUCUGACCCUGUCCAACGCCUACUUUUCAGAGCAGGGUUGCUACCCCCGCCACCGAUGCUGGCAAUGGGACGCAAAGGAGGGCCAAGAGACACCCGUCCAAUAGAUCCUAUGACUGGACGCUAUUUGACAUACGAGAAGUCAGACAACACUGACUAAUCAAAGGACUCUGAAGGUGAUGAUGAAGAUAGUGCAACCUCAUGAAGCUUAUACAUCUCUGCUUUCUUAGAUUAGUGUUGCUAGGAUUGGUCUAGUCAGAUCAUUGAAAAGUUGUUUGAACUUUGAAGUUGUGUAGCUCGUGAAUAACCCCCAAUCUUGAGCAACAAAGCAACUUCUAUUGAGAUGUAUGUUCUGCUACAUUGUCUUAUUGCCGAAAGAACUUCAUUUUAUAUUUGUUUUAGCAUAUAUAAACCCUAAAACCAAUUUUUAUCUA